GAUUGGAUUGAGAUGGUGGACUUCUUCUCAUGCAAGAUAUAUCAGGUCACAGAUAUAUCGUGGUUGUCCUGCUGUGAGGAUCGUUUUGUCGGUUGCUAGACAUUCGAUACAUUGUUAGGAAUAUUAAGCAGAAACAUGUCGUUCGAGUUGGAUACAACGCCACCGGGAUCGGAAGCCCUGGCUGUCGCCGAGAAGGAGCUCCGGGAGACCGAAAAGAACACGAAGGAGGGCCUCGCAGCUUUAAAGAAGUAUAUCGAGGACGACAAGACACUCUAUUUUCGUACGGACGAAGUUUUUCUUUUGAUAUUCCUGCGACCAUGCAAAUUCUACGCGAAGAGCGCCUACGAGCUGAUGAAGAGGAUCGCCGAGUUUAAAGAUAAAAACGCAGCUCUGUUGUCUAAUUUGAUGCCAAGCGACGAGAAGGUGGCUAUGCUCGAGCACAACGUGGUGAAUGUCAUCAAAGGAAGAGAUAAUAAAAAUCGAAGAAUACUUGUUGUUAGCUGCGGAAAGUCUUGGGACCCGUCCGCUGUCAGCGCCGAUCAAAUAUUUCGAGUGUUGUAUUUGGUUCACCAGCUCGCCAUGUGGGAGCCGCUAACUCAGAUAUACGGAACUGUCGUCAUAAUGGAUUUCGAGGGCCUAAGUAUGAAACAAGUGAUGGGCAUGACACCAUCUUUUUGCAUGAAACUCUUGACGUUCAUUCAAGAAGCUAUGCCUCUGCGUUUGAAAGAGGUACACUUCGUAAAACAACCGUUCCUAUUCAACAUGGUGUGGCAAAUGUUCAAGCCCUUCGUGAAGGAAAAGCUAAAGAAACGUAUGUUCUUCCACGGCAACAAGAUGUCCUCCCUUCAUGCAUACAUUCCAGUUAGUCACAUUCCGAAGAACUACGGGGGCAAUCUACCGGAAAUCGAUUACACCAGUGCCGAUUGGUAUCCUGUACUGCUUCAGCACGAAGAUAAGAUUAAAGAAUGGAAUUCGUACGGAUACCGUAAAAAUGAAUAAUGAAUAUCGAAAAAUGAAGAGACUAAAACAAUGAGGCAUUCGAAUUAUACUGUGAUCAUAUUCUUGUACAAAGUAUUUUAAGAAUAUCAACAAUUGCUGUCGUUGCACAUUUAUGAUGGAUUUAUCAAGUUACUAUUAAGUGUAUAGUUUUGUACGAAACAUGGUUAUUUCUGUAUAUUAUAAAUAAUAUUUGCUCACUCCUAAAAUAUCCUUUGGCAAUGAAAAAUAUGCUUUCGAGAGAAGCAUGAAUGACGAGACUAUAGUGCAAUAAUUUUUAGCUUGACGCACAGACGAAAUUAAUCUUAUCGCGACUUAUUUAACGUUUUCGAUGCGGUCGAAUUUUUUUAACAAUUAAAAAUAUUUCAAGCUCGAACAAUGUAAGCAAAAAACUAUAAUUGGUAUACAUGGUAUACAUGAUUGUUGUUUGCAUCUUCUUAAAAUGCAGAGCAAAAAGGAAAAUCCGAGUACAGUAUAAGCGUAAAAUGAAAAAAGGCAGAAUAGCGAAAGGAGGAAAGUAGAAUAAGACUUUUGAAGUAGAUUGUUCUGGUGAUAGGCAAAUUUUUAGUCAGGCAGUUUCAUCUUCAUGAUAAUUUUUUAAUAGAGGAACCAGGUUUUCGAAUUGUUUAUCUUUUACAUCUCAAAAGUUCAUUUCGAAACCUUUCUCCGUUUCAAGCAAAAUGUUUGUAAACCUGUCCUAAUAAGAUUUACCUUUAAAAAAAUAUACAAAUUCAUGCAAACUUAUGCAAACUUAUUUUUAAAUUUCGAAAAACACUGCUAUAAUAUUCGUAAGUGUCGAAUAUAUUUUUAUAUAGUUAUAUGGCAUAGUUUUGUACGAAACAUGGUUAUUUCUGUAUAUUAUAAAUAAUAUUUGCUCACUCCUAAAAUAUCCUUUGACAAUGAAAAAUAUGCUUUCGAGAGAAGCAUGAAUGACGAGACUACAGUGCAAUAAUUUUUAGCUUGACGCACAGACGAAAUUAAUUUUAUCGCGACUUAUUUAACGUUUCCGAUGCGGUCGAAUUUUUUUAACAAUUAAAAAUAUUUCAAGCUCGAACAAUGUAAGCAAAAAACUAUAAUUGGUAUACAUGGUAUACAUGAUUGUUGUUUGCAUCUUCUUAAAAUGCAGAGCAAAAAGGAAAAUCCAAGUACAGUAUAAGCGUAAAAUGAAAAAAGGCAGAAUAGCGAAAGGAGGAAAGUAGAAUAAGACUUUUGAAGUAGAUUGUUCUGGUGAUAGGCAAAUUUUUAGUCAGGCAGUUUCAUCUUCAUGAUAAUUUUUGAAUAAAGGAACCAGGUUUUCGAAUUGUUUA